CCGUGAACGCAUCACCGAGGCCUGCUGCCGCUGCACGCCGUCUCCGGCUCCGAUUUCCGACUCGUGUUUUGGCCGGCUGAAAACACGGGACAGGUGUCCACUGGCACUCCUCGAAAGACGACGGCUUUAUUUUUCAAGUUUUGAACAACUGUGAGGUCUCCAUGGGCCUCACACUGAGUUAUUGGCUGUGCGCUGGUCGCUGUGCGCCCCCCCACAAUAACAGCAGCCGCAGCGGUGAGACGCGUCUUCUGGAUGUGUAGUUGCGCUCCCGCAGAUUAGAACCGCUGCUCUUUUUUUAGUCUCCUUGCAGGGCGUUUCCCCCUAUUCUAUUUUUAUUUAUUUAUUUAUUUGUUUAUUGAAUUUAUUAAUUGUUUUAAGUGACAAUUUGCUGCUGCGAGUUUGUCUCUGGACCUCAGUCGGUCGGAAGCUGCAGUUGCAGCGUCGCGUCCCGAGGAGGAGCGUCUAUUAUUUAUUACAGCGGAGGAUCCGCCGCCGCGCAGAGACUUAUCAGGACUGAGACGGAGAGGAGUCAACAUGUUUGAGGCCAGAGGAGUCCCCUUCAUCCUGCUCGACAUAGCCUGUCUGAUCCUGGGAGGUCUGCCUCUGGCGGCCUUUAACCUGGGUAAGAUCCGCCCCUAUCAGAGGGGCUUUUUCUGUAGUGACGACAGCAUCAAGUACCCUUUCCACCACAGCACCGUCACCUCCACGGUGCUCUACACCGUGGGCUUCAGCCUGCCUAUUAGCUGCAUGAUCUUUGGCGAGUGCCUUUUAGUUUAUUUUAACCGCCUCAAGUCGAAGUCAUCCUUCGGCAGCUAUGUUGCCUGUGUUUACAAAGCCGUUGGGACCUUCCUUUUCGGCGCCGCGAUGAGUCAGUCUCUGACGGACAUCGCCAAGUACUCCAUCGGCCGGCUCAGGCCGCACUUCCUGCACGUGUGCAAACCUGAUUGGACCACCAUCAACUGCUCAGCAGGGGCUUAUAUCGAAAACUUCGCCUGCACUGGAGACCCGACGACAGUCGGUGAGGGCAGACUGUCCUUCUACUCCGGCCACUCGUCUUUCUCCAUGUACUGCAUGCUGUUCCUCGCUCUCUACCUGCAGGCUCGCCUCCAGAUGCAGUGGGCUCGGCUGCUGAGGCCAACCCUUCAGUUUUUCCUGGUCGCCGCCUCAGUGUACACGGGUCUGUCGAGGGUGUCCGAUUACAAACAUCACUGGAGCGACGUGCUGACCGGACUCCUGCAGGGAGCGCUGAUGGCUCUGCUAGUGGUCUUUUUUGUAUCAGACUUUUUCAAGCCAUGUGAAGAAGCCCGUAAAGAAGAAGACAUCCCUCACACGACCCUGCAGGAAACACCCACUAAUGGAAACCACUUUGAGAGUCCCAAUUAAGCUAAGAGAAUAGUGGCGAGCUCCGCUCUGUCCGAACGCACACCCAGGAUUCCCAGCUCUCAAGCCUUUCAUCUCAUGCAAAUUUGUCAUCAGAUACCCUGCAUGGACUUCCAACGCGAACUACCUGAUUAUACUUUAAGCAAGCUGAACUGAACCGCACAUGGCCUAAUCAGAUUUCAGACUAGGUAACUUUGCUGUCUCAUCCACCAAAUGUGCCGGUGGAAAAUGGUGACGACCUGUCAAACCCACUGAAGUGACUGACAGAAAAUUUAAAGAUGGAGGCUAGAGAUUUUGGAUAGUAUAAGAAACAUUUAGCAUGAUCUACUGUGGCGGUGAGAAGACUUGCCUGCAUGCACAUACUAAAGGGUCUGACCACUGCUGGGAAAGAUGGGGGAGUUGGAAACCUGUGAAUGUAACCCUGCUCUGUGCUUUUCCUGACCUGGAGAACCUGAUCUAGGAUGAGCUUUGCAUCUCCAGCAUCCAGAAGUGAGUCUUUUAAACGUUGCCGCCUCAGGGCUGGUUGAAACAGGAAAGUGUCUCAUGGAGCAAGUAUGCUGGAGGAUAAAACUCAUCCUAGAUCAGGCGGGCAGCAGCCUGCACAUCUGGAACUGCUGACUCCAGGUCGCUGCCGACAUACUCUUCAACUCUCCAACAUGAUGUUUGGUUGGAGUCCUGAAGACUAGACCGACAGUCUGAGUCCCGUGUUGCCUUUGCUUGACUGCUGCAGCUGCUAUCACAGCUCCCUGUGCAUCUAGUGGAAACAAGUAAAUAGACAAUAUGCUUUUGUAUAAUCUGUAUUUUAACAAGUGAUCAUACAGACUUGUAUUGAAAAAUAACAGUAAAUAUGUACAAAUGUUGUUGAGGAAAAAUAAAGCCAUUUUACUUAUGACCAUGAACACGUAUGGAGCAAGUAUUUACUGUACUAUUAUGCAUCGAUUGCCCACGGAAAUAAAAUCUAAAUUAAAAGCAUGAUUGUUGAACAUAUGACUAAAA